AUGUCCAAACUUUUGACUGGCUAUGUGAAUAUAUUUAAGGUGUGGGUGAAGCCGGGAUCAGAGCAGUCAUUCCUGUACGGAAACCACAUCAUGAAGUCCGGCCUGGGGAGAAUCACAGAAAACACAGCGCAGUACCAAGGAGUGGUGGUGUAUUCAAUGGCAGAUGUACCGCUGGGCUUUGGAGUGGCAGCGAAGACCACACAGGAGUGUCGGAAGGUGGACCCCAUGUCCAUUGUGGUUUUCCAUCAGGCUGAUAUCGGCGAGUACAUCAGAAGUGAAGACACUCUCACAUAAGAGGAUAUAAUAUCUCCUGUGCUCAUGGACAGUUCAUCACAUUCUGGUGAUGGGAUGUUCCCAACUUUAAAUUCAAAGCAUUGCAUUCUUUUGGACUGUUUUCAGUGUUUAAACAAUAUUUGUUAUAUGUGACUUUUCAUUGACUAUU